UAUUAGAAAUAUGGGCUAUUUCGGGUAAAUAUUUUCUCCCAAUGAACAUAGAGUGUUAUUUUCCCUAUAAAACAGGGGGGUCGAUAAGAGAAGCACAUCAUAGUAGACUUGAGGCACAACAGAAACAAUAUGGCUACCAAGGAUUGCUCAUAUGGCCCAAAAACUCCCUUGCUGUUACAUCCAGCAUCAUCAUCAUCCAUUGAAGAAAGGGAAAUUUCAAUUUCAUCAAACAGAUGGUGUGCAAAGUUGAUUGAUGUAGAAGAAGCUAAGAAUCAGAUGUUGUUUUCGUUACCUAUGAUUGUUGUGAACGGUUGUUUCUACUUCAUUAAUCUUGUUUCUGUCAUGUUUGCUGGUCAUCUUGGUAAACUUGAACUUGCUGCCUCAAAUCUUGCAAAUUCAUGGGCUAUGGUUACUGGUUUCAGUUUCAUGGUUGGCCUAAGUGGUGCGCUCGAGACAUUAUGUGGCCAAGGAUACGGAGCAAAAAUGUACAGAAUAUUGGGAAUACAUUUGCAGGCAUCAUGCAUCGUAUCAUUCUUUUUCUCUAUGGUGAUUUCUGUUAUCUGGUGGUAUUCUGAUAUGAUUCUGAUUUUACUUCACCAAGAUCCUGAUAUAGCUAAAGAAGCCGGCGUGUUCUUGAGGUUCCUCAUACCUGGAUUAUUUGCAUAUAGUUUUUUGCAAAACAUUUUGAGGUUUCUUCAGGCACAGUCAAUCAUCAUGCCUCUGGCUUUCUGUUCAGUUGGAUCUUUAGUUAUCCACAUUGGCGUUGCCUAUGCCUUGGUUCAUUGGACAGGUCUUGGUUUUAAAGGAGCAUCGUUAGCGGCUUCAAUUUCGAUGUGGAUUUCACUCCUCACAUUGGGUCUAUACGUGAUUUUCUCUGAGAGAUUCAGCCAUAUAAGGCCAGAAGGUUUCUCAUUCGAGCCUUUUCAUCAUGUUCUUACAAACUUGAAGUUGGCUUUGCCCUCGGCUGCCAUGGUCUGCUUGGAGUACUGGGCUUUUGAGCUUCUUGUGUUAUUAGCUGGUUUGAUGCCUAACUCAGGAACAACUACUUCUGUGGUAGCUAUGUGCGUAAAUACACAAAACAUAGCCUACAUGAUAUCUUAUGGUCUGAGUGCAGCUGCAAGCACUAGGGUGGCAAACGAGUUAGGAGCUAGAAAUCCUGAUAAAGCUAAGCAUGCUAUGUUUGUUACUCUCAAGCUAUUUGUUCUUCUUGCCGUUGCAGCUGAUUUGGCUCUAUUUUUUGGUCAUAAUGCCUGGGCUAGCCUCUUCAGUGAUAGCGUGGAGAUAAUUAACAAGUUUGCCUCCAUGACACCUCUCCUCUUAAUCUCCUUUAUGUUCGAUUUCAUUCAAGGAAUCCUAUCAGGGGUGACUAGGGGAUGUGGAUGGCAGCAUUUGGCUAUGUGCGUCAACUUGGCAACUUUCUAUUUCAUCGGCAUGCCAAUAGCUGGCCUCCUUGCUUUCAAGUUCAAUCUACAUUCUCAGGACCCGCUUGAAGAAUGGAAAGCAAGUCAGGACCCGCCUGGAAAAUGGGACACCUUUCAAUUUAAAGUUCAAGAGCCCGCCUGAAAAACAGGGUGUAUUUUCAAGUUCAGUCAGAAGUAGCAGGAGCCCCGCCUGAAGAAUAAGUUACUUUUGAGAUCAGAAUGUUUAUCUCACCACUUGGGAAAGCGUGAAGAUUCAAGUCAAACUUCAAGAGAAGCUGCAUAGAUAGGAUCUCGUUACUUGUAUUUCCUUUUUAACUUUUGUUUUCAUUUUGAUGUAAUAACAGGAGCCGCGGACCGGAACCUCGACAGGAUCUCAAUCGACUCUCCAACUCAGCAUAUUC